AUGCCAGCGUUGACCAUCGGCUCGACGCUGCCGGACCCUCCCAAAACGGAGGAGGAGCUGCUGGCGGUGCAGAACCUUCUCUCGCGUCUCCAGGCCUCCUUCACUAUGCGGCGCAUAACCAAAAGAAAUGCCGUCCGGCGAAGGAUUGUUUCCCUCACAUCGGACGGCAAGGCGCUUGAGUACAAGCCCACGAGGAAGUCGAAGCGUCAGCUACUGAUCUUUCGUGACCUCUACGAGGUCACGAAGAUGGAUCCAGCGAGCAAGGUGUACAGGAGGGCGAAGCUGAACAGCAACACGGCUGUCGUCGUCCAAAUGAACACGCGCAUUCACCGCGGCUGGUGCAUCGUCUUCGAUGAUAAAGCCAGUGCCAACACGUGGAUGCAGAUGAUCGGCUACAAGGUGAAAGGCUGCGCUCUUGCACCGAGCGGCGCGGUGCCCAACGAGGACACUCUAACGGGUUGCAUUUGCGCCACAUGGGAACGAGCGGAUAUGAACCGGGAUGGCAAGGUCGACUUACAGGAGGCGAAAAAGAUGAUGGUGCGCAUGAAUGUCGAGAUCAGCGAUAAUUUGCUGACUGAUCUGGUGCGCAAGCACGACGCCUCGGGAGACGGCGCACUCGACCUAGAGGAGUUCACGACACUGUUCAUUCAGCUCACACAACACGAGGAACUGCGACCGCUGUUCGCGUCCUUUGCAGCCCAGGUAGACUGGAUGACUCGUGCCGAGUUCGAUUGCUUUCUCAAGGCUCAGGGCGACGUCCCCAGUGACGUCCUUUUCGACACCCUCAUGCCCGACAAGAGCGGCAGAAUCACCUUUACCCAAUUCAUGCACUACCUGCUUAACCCCCGCCUCAACCCCGCCCUCGACCCGGCGCAUCAGACAGCGGUGGUCGACGAAAUGACGCACCCGCUGAAGGACUAUUUCAUCAACUCCUCGCAUAACACGUAUCUCUCGGGCGACCAGUUCCAGUCCUCCAGUCAGAUUGAGAUGUACAAACGCGCCCUCCUAGCGGGGUGCCGCUGCGUCGAGCUAGACUGCUGGGACGGCAAGGAUAAUGACCCGGUCAUCUAUCAUGGCCACACUCGCACCUCGAAGAUCCGCUUUGCCGAUGUCAUUGACACCAUCCGCCGCCACGCCUUCACCACCUCCCCGUUUCCAGUCAUUCUCUCGCUCGAGGUGCACACGUCGGAUGAGCAAUCCAUGAUCAUGGCAGAUCACCUGCGCACCAUCCUCGGCGAUAUGCUUAUGACGGCCAAGGACAUUCCGGACAUGGUCUACACGCCAGAGUCGCUGCGGGAAAAGGUUCUCGUGAAGUGGAAGCUGCCCUACAAUGACGUGGAGGACGCGAAGGAGGGGAUGGCUGACUCAGUCAACGACAACGACGUUGCUCGGUCACAGUCGCAGAAGGCGGAGAUGAGUGCGCAGGGGGGGCUGUCGCACCUGCUAAGGUCCUGCGUCACGGUGGGCGCCUUCAAAACAAGCGACUGGGGCCGGGACGCGGAGCCGUAUUACAUCCAGAGCUACGUCGAGACUGUGGUGAAGGAGUUAGCGCUGAGCCACCGUGCCGAGUUUAUCGGGCAGACCUCGCGCAUGAUGGUGCGCGUCUACCCGAAGGGCACUCGCAUCGGCUCCUCAAACUACAACCCGACCACCGCAUGGUCUGUCGGGGCGCAGUUGGUGGCACUUAAUUACCAGACGUGGGACGACGAUAUGCGCUUGAACGACGGCAUGUUCUCACUGAACAAGGGCUGCGGCUACGUUCUGAAACCGGAUUAUCUGCGCAACCCAUCGGGUAAGGCAAAGGCAACGCCCUGCACCAUCACCGUCACCGUGCUGAGCGGGACGCAGAUUCCUAAGCCUUCUCUGCAGAAGAAGGGUGACAUUGCUGACCCGUACGUGAAGCUGUCCAUCAACAAGCGCGACCGCACCGAGGUGAGGACGUCAGUGGUGCGCAACAACGGCUUGAAUCCAUACUGGAUGGAGACGUUCACCCUCGCCUGUGAGAGCAAAGAAAUAGACUUGCUCACUGUCAAGGUCAUGGACGAGGACACGACGUCUGCGGACGACUCCGUGUGUGAAAUGGUUAUUCCGGUGCGUGCACUGCGCACCGGCUACCGCGCCGUUCCCAUGAAGCUCUGCAAGAACGGUGCAUCGCUUCCCGGGGCGUCUAUUCUAUUCAAGUUCAGCAUUGUAGACCAGCCGCAGGAGUCGUAG